CUCAGUCCGUAGGCCAAGCUAGGGGCAGAUACUCGCCGAGUGUCGGCAAGAUGAAAAAACUGGAUAAAAGGGAGUGCGUGGGUAGUUCGUCGGACGUUAAGCUUUGUAUGUCGUAUCUAUCACCCGUGGCAGUGCGCGAGUCGGAUAUAUUGUACUCUGGCGUAGGCGGGUCAGAUAAGUCGCAUAAGGGGAUGAGUAAGUGUCUAGCCAAGUCGAGUCCACAGCAAGCGCUUUAUGCAGAUGAUCACUUUGACUGGAAGGACAGUUCCGAAAGCGAUGGCCAUGCCGAAUGCAGGGAUAGUGUAGAGGGCAUACGUAACGGUAUUGGGUGCGGUACAGAAGAGUCAUAUACGAGUGAGAAUGUGUUGGUUGACCAGCACAGUUUAAACUCUGGCGCUUGGGAGGACAGCUCUGCGAACGAUAGCGGUCAUAAGAGCAGAUCAGGAUUCGUAGUUAGAGGUUCAGGUCGGGAUAUCACAGAUGGGCGUCUUCGUGAUGAGUUUGGAGAAAAUGCGGGUAUAUUGGAUGAAGCGUCCCAACAAGAUCUACGUGCAAGCGCGCUUGGAAUUCCUGGUGCUAGGUCCUUUGCAGGUUUAGGUUUACGCCCUGUACAAAUUGACCCGAUUGUACGGAGCAUUUUAGAAGAAUCUGACAGUGUUUGGAAUACGAUUACUGCUAGUAUGUUUGAUGAUGAUUACGAUAACGGAUAUCGGGAGGACAAUCGAAAGGACGUGGGAAAACCUCCUAUUCGGGUUGCCGUACAGCGUAUCAUGGAAGACAAUGGUUUGUGUGACAUGUACAGUGACGAUGACGAGCUCCGGACAGAAAUGUUGCACAUGCUUGACUCAAUGGGAGCAGGUUACAAUGUUCGAAGCAAUCCUGCCGACCUGCUGCCCGCUAUAGGCGCCCUACGAACUGAAUUACUUAUUGAGGCUAAUUUCAACACAGAGGGGCUUCGCAGUGCUUUGGGCCUUGCCAAUCAAAAGGAUAUAUCGAAUGCAGAUGAUGGUGUGUUGGACCAUAACACGUUGGACAGCUUUAACAAUGAGAAUAAUUGGGAAGGACGUCGUGGUCUCUUAGGACAUUCACAUGCUAAUUCUGAAGCUGAGGUUGAAUCAAAUUCUCCAAAGGCAAUACCGCCUCAUAUAUCUAGCCAGGUAGAAAGCCGUUCAGGUGCUAAAACGAAUGUAGAUAUGCCUCUACAGGCCGGGAGUUAA